AUGAGAGUGGCCAGAAGAAUUGUAGAGGGAUCUGAGAGAUUGCAAUAUCAAAAAUUGUGGGACUACUGUGAGGAACUUAGGAGGCAAAAUCCUAAUUCUACAUUUGAUUUGACAGUACAUAGACCUACUUUAGAGCUGCCACCAACAUUUGAUAUUUGCUUUAAUGCAAAUGUUCAGGGGUUUAAAGAAGGAUGCAGGCCUUUCAUUGGGCUGGAUGAGUGUUUUCUAAAGGGGUAUUAUGGAGGACAGUUACUGUCUGCUGUUGCUCAAGAUGUCAAUCGACAUUUCUAUGUGAUUGCAGUAGCUGUUGUUGAGCAAGAAAGUAGGGAUACAUGGAGUUGGUUUUUGAGAAAUUUGCUUGGGGAUAUUGGACAGUACAGUGACAAUGAGAGUUACAAAUUUCAAGUGUGGAAAAUGCCCCAAUGCAAGGUGGUUGAUUUAGGUGCUGGAACUUGCAAUUGUAGAAUGUGGCAGUUAACUGGAAUACUAUGUGCACAUGCUAUUGCUUGUAUGGCUUACAAUAAUUUGGAACCCGAUAAGUUUAUUCACUCAUGGUAUUCUACUGAACGAUGGAGAGCCACUUAUGUUCCAUACAUUGAACCAAUUACUGGUGAAAGUGAUUGGCACUGCACUGAACUGCCACCAAUUGAACCACCUGCAUUUAAAAGACCAGCUGGAAGGCCUAAGCAAAGGAGAAGACAUUCUAAUGGUGAAGCAAGCACAUCUGGCAACUCCUCCAGGGCAACAAGAAAGUAUGGUGAGAUUCACUGCUCUAGAUGUGGAGAGGCUGGUCACAACAUUAGAAGAUGUAUGAAUGAAGCCACUAAUGAUGCUCCAAAUAUGAGGGGAAAUAGAAGAACAAGCGAGGGUCUUAAUGCAUAUGAUUCAUAG